UCUGGGCUGGUGCAGCCACAGGCUCAAUUCCUUGUCAAAAACAUUCUUCUAGUUCAGAAUUGGUUUGGUUUCACUCCUAAAAGCGCUCGCUUUUCUGCCUUAGUGCCAUUCCCUGCUCCUCGGUCAGGCUACUCGUCUUUAAACCUUGGAGGGAUUUUAUUGUUGUGUUGGUUCCUCUCCUUUGCACAAGAUCAGCUCUCAGGACUCAUUGCAAGAGGCCACUGCUGAGGGAAAGAAAUUGCCAGUUCAGCAGCCAUGUAUUAAUAUGCAGUGUUAAUAUGGGUGCCCACAGGUCAUGGCGAUUUUAUGAAGAAUUGCUUUGUCAGUGGUAGUAUAGAUGCAUUGCCAUCAGUUUGACAUAAGCGGUCAUUAAUAACAGAAGUCGUACACUUCAGCUGUACUGUCACGUAGUUUCAGAGUCCUUCCAAGUAUGCACCCGCUUUGGCAGAGCGAGCUUUCCAUUCCUGGGGGUACUCGACAGUCUCCAAUCAACAUCCAGUGGAGAGACAGUGUUUACGACCCUCACCUGAAACCCCUGAAGAUCCACUAUGACCCCGCCACAUGUCUGUAUAUCUGGAACAAUGGGUAUUCGUUCCAGGUUGAAUUUGAUGAUUCCACAGACAAAUCAGUUAUUAUGGGAGGACCCAUGGAAAACCAUUACAGGCUAAAGCAGUUCCACUUCCACUGGGGAGCCAUAAAUGAAUGGGGCUCAGAGCACACCGUGGACAGCAAAGUCUACCCAGGAGAGCUGCAUUUAGUACACUGGAAUCCUGUCAACUCCACAAGCUUUGAAGAAGCUAUCAUGGAGAAUAAUGGUUUGGUUGUCAUAGGAGUAUUUUUGAAGCUUGGAGCACAUCAUGCAGGACUACAGAAAUUAGUAGAUGCGUUACCGGCAGUUAGACAUAAGGACACGAUUGUUGAGUUUGACGUCUUUGAUCCCUCCUGUUUGCUUCCAUCAUGCCCGGAUUAUUGGACCUAUGAUGGAUCAUUGACCACUCCUCCGCUUACAGAAUCUGUCACCUGGAUUAUUAAGAAGGCCCCAAUAGAAGUUGAUGAAACUCAGCUUGAGGAGUUUCGGAUGCUGCUCUUCACUUCAGAUGGGGAGGAAGAAAAGAGGAUGGUGGACAACUUCCGCCCGCUUCAGCCACUGAUGAAUCGGACUGUCCGUUCAUCCUUCCAAAACCACCACCUACUGAACAUUGAAACAAGACCUAGAGAACAUGCCCACCAGCAUAGCCCAUAGUACUGUACAUUUUACAAUAUCUAAAAGUUACUGACACUUUACUUUUCAAAAUUCUGUAUGCAGUGUGUGUAUACACUAUAGAAUUUCAUAGUGAUUUAAAGGGAUUUGGGGUUUACUGUUUGGCAUUUAACCUUCAUUGAGUCAGCUUUGUUGUAGAAGCACAUACUUGUUUUUACUAAACUUCUAAAGCAAGUAGCAGUAACUCAUAGCAUGUCUCAGGAUUCACAUUGAGAAUUUAAAGCAAAAUAAGGAAAUGAGGUUUCACCACCCCAUCCCAUGUCAUGAUUAGUUUGUAUCUUGUUAGAUGCUUUUGCUUUAAGACUUCUUUUCAGGCUAAUAACCUCAUCAGAGCAACACUAGAAGGUAGGGGUCACAAAAAGAAGUCUCUCAUAGAUAACAGAUCAUGUCCACUGUAAAGUUAUUUGGGGGGAGGAGCUGAAAAGACCUUUCCUGGCGGGGGGAGGGAAUGGAUACACUUUGUAAAGAUUGGAAACAGUUUUUUGAGUACUUUGGUGCGUAUUCUAAAGUAUGGCCUCUUGUUAGCUCCCUCUGAUAGCCAUAGUUUUCACUGACUUUGUAGCCUUUAAUUUACUUAACCAUGUGCAUCAUGCAAUGUUUGCUCUAAUCUUUUCCAUCCAUGUGCAGAAUAAAUUUAUGUGCACCGAGGCAUGUGCAUAUGCAUCACCAGUAGAAACAAAAACCUACCUGUGAGCACUCUGCUAAUUAGCUGGGCGGCAUUUUAAUCUCUCCUGAGUGGCCGCCAAAGCUCCCAGCUUACAGGGAACACUGCCAUCAUGUGGGUGACAUUUAUGUACCAGUGGCUAAGUAACUCCUCUUUACCGAUGAAGUCUGGACCUCAGAAGUGUUUGGAGUAGAUAUGUUUAUGUCGUUUUGGAGAACAAGUAAGAAAUCUUGACUUUAGCUAGCAAAUGUGAAAGGCUCCAAUAAGAGAGGUCCCUGAGUGUGCGUGAGAUCGGUACAUUAGCCCUUCAGUUCAAAAUGUUGAGCUUAUUUCUAGUUUGCAUAUUUGAGUGGAAAACAUUUUGUGGGGGGAGGGGUUCUGUUUAUUUUGAGUAUGGACUUUUGCCUAGCUCAUGUAAGUGCCUUAUAUUGUUGUCUCUGCUUCCUUUACUAACCCUUCUCUAGCUGAUUGCCUUUUUGCCUGGAGAAUGAGAUUUCCUAUUCUGCCUUAAAGUGUGGUACUGUUCUGAAAUGAACGUGUAGGUAAAUGGCUCUUGGCGCUCACUAGAUCUGCUCACCUUUGUGUAGUCAGAUCAUAUCUGCCCACUUACACGUUACAAAUAGGUUUUCAUAUCGGUUACCCAUUCAGGGCACGUCUGUACUCACUGGCGAAUUGAUGCUCUGGAGAUCAAUCUUCUGAAGGUUGAUUUAGUUGAUCUAGUAUAGACCCGUAAAUUGAAUGCUGAGGGCAUUCUGUAUUCCUCGCAGUCAUGAGGAGUAAGAGAAGCCAACGGGAACGUUUGCUCCCAUUGGCCUCCCGCUGAGUGGACACCGCCAAGGCUCGGUUUGAUAAGCCAACUCCAGCUUUGUAUUUUAUGUGGCUGGAGGUGUGUGCCUUAAGCCGACCUUCCUGGUCCAGUGUAGACCAGGCCUCAGAGCCCCCACAGCUAGUUGGGAUUGAGUUGGAUUCCAUUCCUUCUUGUGCAGCAGCAACAGAACGGCUUCUUAACUUUCAGUCACUUAUAACUGCAAAGAGUGGUGGGCCGGGCAUCAUCUAAA